AUGAACAAACUUAAAAAAUUACAAUAUAUCCAUUACAGUACACACGCUCACUCACUAGGUUCAUUCAAUAUAUUUAACAGAGGAGAGGACAAUCCCGCUGAUGCCUCACCACCUUCUCCGCUGGUGAGGUUGUCAUCUUGGGCUUCUCAGUACACCAUUCCCCCCGAGGUCUAUAGUUUCGUCUACUGUGAUGAAAAAGGAAGGUUGCAGAUGGAUCCGGAAGCCGUCGCCACACUUCAACUAGUCAAAGAGCCCAUCGGUGUUGUUUGCGUUUGUGGUCGUGCUCGACAGGGAAAGAGUUAUAUCUUGAAUCAGCUCUUAGGAAGGAGUAGUGGAUUUCAGGUAGCAUCUACAUAUCGACCCUGUACUAAAGGACUUUGGUUGUGGAAUACACCUUUGGUUAUGGAGUACAUGUAUAAUUUCUUCAAAUCUAAUGGUCAUUGCUUUGGUAACCACUACCAAGUUUUCUUUCUUAUCCGUCAUAGCUACUAA